GAGCCUAGAACCGGAAACUUAAGAGACAAAGUUUUGCGUCCCACCCCCGUCGCGCGCUCCCUCGCCAUCUCGCCUAGCACUGUUGUCCCGCUGCCUCUGGCCCUCGAGUCGGCCGGCCCUUGCGCGUGUACUAUGUCUGGCUCUUCCAGCGUCGCCGCUAUGAAGAAAGUGGUUCAGCAGCUCCGGCUGGAGGCCGGGCUCAACCGCGUGAAGGUUUCCCAGGCAGCUGCAGACUUGAAACAGUUUUGCCUGCAGAAUGCUCAGCAUGAUCCUCUCCUGACAGGAGUAUCCUCAAGUACAAAUCCCUUCAGACCGCAGAAAGUCUGUUCCUUUUUGUAGUAAACUGAAUUUUUGGGAGUUCCUCAGACCACUUUUAACCAACCGUGACUAUUCAGAAAAAAAGAAAAUUGAAGCCUGUACAAAAACUUCCCCUUUCUUAACAUGUGCCAUAACAUACACAAACUUCUACUUUUGUCAGUCUUUAACAUCUACCUCUCUGAAUUUUCAUGAAUUUCUAUUUCACGAGGGUAUUUUAUAUACACUGGUGCCAGCAUACAAUAAAAUACUUCGUAUAAAAA